AUGUCCUACUAUGACAUUGACUCGAUAUUGACAGAUGCCCAGAAAUUGCCAUGUACCUUCGAGCUUGAGGUCCCCGGCCUAGGUGUUCUGGAAGGCAAUCCAGGUGAAAAUAUCAAAGCGGGAACACGAAUUGACCUUCCAUUAUGGCUUGGAGAAAUGCUUUCUAUCGCAGCGCGGAUCGGAACAUCACGUUUGGUCACACUUGACAUGCCGGAGGCCCUCUCCGAGCGAGUGAUGAACGCCUUAAAAGCUGACCCCCGCACCGUGGAUUUGCGCGCGCUAGCGCCGCACUUCUACAAUCUCAGCGAGCGCAUUUUCGAAUUAUUCGAAGAAGAAGAAAUGGUCGAUGUAUUAACUGAUACUUUUAAGCGUCGAGCAGCAGAGAUCGCCGACCAUGCUCACAAUACGCGGGGUGCGGUAGGGGAUGGUGUUGAAUUCCUGCGUGGAUUGGAUGAGACGGAGCGACAAUUGUUCCGCGCUGCGCACGACCGGGCAAAGGCGAUGCGAGUUUGGACUGGAGAGGCGAAACGGAAGUAA